GGAUCUACUCCAACACAAGUUAAAUCAUGGUUUAAUGGAAAAUGUAUCAUGUUUAAUGGCUUAAGUGCAUGUGAGCGUCUCCAACAAGAUGUGAGUUACAAUUCAACAGUUAUGAGAGUUAUAGAGUUUCAUUACGAGAAGCAGAUAAAGAAAAAUAAGUCAAAAUCUAAAUCUGUGAAAAAUUCCGAUUUACCUAUUAUUGAUGGCGGAAUCAAUAUGAUUGAAACUGGCACAACUGAUAAUGCAGAAGAAAAAAAUAAACUGUAUAACAUACUUAAGGACAAUCGUAUGGAAACAAAAAAGACGUUAAAUGAGGCGGAACGGUUACUGACUUCUUACUAA